AUGGCGCCCGCGCUCGAGCCAGCGAAGAAGAAAGUUACAGGCGCGAAGGCGAUUCCAGCACCAAAAGGAGGCAUUCUGGCUCCACCAACGCAGACCAAAGAAGAGCGCAAGAGAGAACUCGAGCGUCGACGCGAACUUGCAGCCGAAGCCGAGAAGACGAGAGCGCGAGUCGAGGCGCAGACAGAGGCGGAGGCACAGACGAUUGCCGAAGCGAAGACGAAGAAACUCGCCGAGGCAAUCUUAAAGGAGGAAGAGAAGCGCGCGAACGACCCGCGCGUGAUCGCCGAAAGCGAGCGACUGAAAACGGAGUUGACCAAAUUCUGGAACGAUAAGAAGGACUCUCCGAUACUUAAACAGCGUCAACGUCUUCCGGCGUGGGCAAAGCAACAAGAACUCAUCGACGCCGUCGAGCGCAACCAAGUGCUCAUCGUCGCCGGCGAAACGGGUUGUGGUAAGACUACACAGCUGCCGCAGUUCAUUCUUGAUAACGCUAUCUGGCAAGGACGUGGAGCGAUGACAAACAUGAUUUGCACACAGCCGCGUCGAAUCAGCGCCACGAGCGUGGCGAGUCGCGUGGCGAGUGAGCGAGGUGAACAAAUUGGCAAAACAGUGGGCUAUAAAAUCCGUCUUGAAGGCUCGAUGAGCUCGAGCACGCGAAUUUUGUUUUGCACCACGGGCGUGUUACUGCGUCGUUUAACCGAAGACCCUUUACUGAGCGGUACGAGUCACGUGAUAGUCGACGAAGUCCACGAGCGCUCGCUCGAUUCUGAUUUCUUACUCGUCUUGUUGCGCGAUAUUUUGCCGCAUCGACCGACACUCAAAGUGGUGCUGAUGUCAGCCACGUUGAAUGCGCUCGCGUUUGAAGACUAUUUCAAGGGCGUUUCUGCGGUGAGCAAAAUCCCUGGGUUCACUUAUCCGGUGAACGAGCAUUAUCUCGAGGACAUCUUACAAGUGACCGAGUAUCAACCAAACCCAGGGACGGAGUAUUUUAAAAAGGCGCCGCGACGCAGGGACAACUUUGACGCCUCUAGUCGACCGGUGUCAAGUAAGGAUGGCGACAUACCGGAUGAAGACUCGUUCAACAUUACGUUGCGGGACAAGGGCUACGGUGACAACGUCGUUCGCGCUCUCCGAAACCUCGAACAGGGUUUGAUCAAUUACGAGUUGAUGACGCUUUUAAUCUCGCACAUUUGCGAGUCGAUGGACGAAGGCGCAAUACUGGUAUUUAUGCCCGGUUUGGCGGAGAUCACGAAGCUUUACGAGGCGUGUGGGGCGAAUCCUACGAUCAACGCGGCAACGUCUGGAGGAAAAUACCUGAUUGCUUUGCACAGCACGCUGAGCACGGCCGAGCAGAGCAUCGUAUUCGAUCACGCCCCAGACAGCGUGCGUAAGAUAGUCAUCGCAACAAAUAUCGCAGAGACGUCGAUCACGAUCGACGAUGUCGUGUACGUAGUCGACAGUGGCAAGUGCAAAGAAAACGGCUACGAUCCAAACACUCGAAUGCAGCUGCUUCUCGAGCAGUGGGUGUCUCGUGCGAGCGCUCGACAGCGUCGCGGUCGCGCGGGACGCGUGCAAGCCGGCCGAUGCUUCCGAAUGUACACGCGUCACGUGCACGAUACGGUCUUCGCUGAACACACGCUUCCUGAAAUCAGACGCGUGCCUCUAGAAGGCUUGUGCUUGCAGAUUCAGCUACAACGCAUGGCUGGGGGCAUCGCCGGAUUUCUCGGCAAGGCGUUGGAGCCUCCGAAGGUUGAGUCUGUGGAGGCGGCGGUGGCGUCUCUCAAACGCCUUGGUGCUUUGGAUGAGCGUGAAUGCCUGACCCCACUCGGUCAACACUUGGCUACGUUACCCGUGGAUGUUCGCGUGGGUAAGAUGCUCCUCUACGGCUCCAUGCUUGGGUGCCUGGAUCCCGUGCUCACGAUUGCUGCCGUCUUGAGCGGUCGUUCGCCGUUUGUGGCGCCGCUCGACAAACGCGACGAAGCAGAUCUCGCCAAAAAGCUCUUCGCCGAAGAUCAAUCGGAUCAUCUCACGAUUCUGAAUGCCUAUAAUGGCUGGCAAGAUGCGAAGAAGCAAGGACGAUCGUCUGAGUUCGCGUUCACCCGCGAAAACUUUCUCUCGUGGAGAGCACUCGAGGGCAUCGCAGAUCUGCGGAACCAAUUUACACAACUUCUGAAUGAAUCAGGUUUCCUGGGAUCGUCGUCGAAGAAGAAAGGUGGUGGACGGUAUCGCGGUCGCCAGCGCGGUAAUGUCUUGGAAACCGACGUAGAUUGGAUUCGAGCGAAUCGAAACUCGGAGAAUAAACGACUGUUAAAGUCGGUUCUCGUGGCUGGGUUGUAUCCAAACCUCAUCAAAGUCGACCCCGGUUCUCGUCCAGAUGCCCCACCCCGUCUGUCUUUCCUCGCCGAGAACGGGCGGACGGAAAAAAUCCAAAUUCAUCCAUCGAGCAUCAACUUCGAGGCGAAGAAGUUUAUCACCAAGUGGCUGGUGUACCACGAGCGCGUGCAGACGACGGCAAUCUUCGUGCGCGAUUGCACGGCGGUGACGCCUUAUCAACUUCUAUUGUUCGGGGGGAAAAUCGAAGUGCAACACACGCAAGGAACGAUAAGUAUCGAUCGCUGGGCGACGUUCCAAGCUCCAGCAAAAGUAGGAGUUUUGCUCAAAGAGAUCCGAAACCAGCUUGACCGCGUGCUGGCGCAAAAAAUUGAAAACGUCGGCAAGGACGUCGGCGAACUUUCCAACCCUCUCGUGCUCACGAUUCUCGAGCUUCUCGAUUCGGAGAAGAUCGCGAAGAUGUCCACAAAACCAAAUUAG